CUUCUCCUCUUUCGCGAGCUCGUAAAGCAGGGAAGCUUCAUUCCCUUUUCUCUUUGUCUCACGCUGAACCAAGAACUCAAGCAAUGGGAGUUGCGGCGUGCACGAGAAAGUUCUUUCCCUUACUCUUAUGGGUUCAAGGCUCGAAUCAAAAUAGGGAACUUCCCUCUCUUCUUCUCUGAUUCCAGCGAUUUCUCUUUGGGAGUGGAGAUCAGGUUUGGUGGCUCAGGCGCGGUGUUUCCACGACGUGUGGGUUCGCCAUCAACCACAACUAACUACCAACCUAAAAAGUCCAAUCACAAACACCAUUCACAUUAACAUUAUAAAAGGCCCAAAUAGAUAGAACCCUAACACGUUAGACUAUGUUUGAAUUAAGUUUAAAAAGUACUUCUGCCCAAUUCGAAUGCACCAAAUGAAAAAGAAAUUGAUGGGCAUCCAGCACAGUACUAAUUUUGCCUCAUUAUCUCCACUUGGUGAAGCAUGCUCAAGGAAGGACUUGACUGCCAUACAUGAAGUUCUGGAAAAUAUUGGCUAUAAAGAUGAUGAAGGAGUGGCAAAUGAGUUAUCAUUUCAGAUGUGGACUGAUCAGAUGCAGGAGACAUUAAAUUGCAAGAAAAAGGGGGAUGUUGCUUUCCGGCAGAAAGAUUUUAGACUGGCAAUUGAGUGUUAUACGCAGUUCAUUGAUGCUGGAACAAUGGUUUCUCCAACAGUCUAUGCAAGGCGUAGUAUAUGUUAUUUAAUCAGUGACAUGCCUCAGGAAGCGCUGAACGAUGCAAUGCAGGUGCAAGUUGUUUCCCCUGUUUGGCACAUAGCAUCAUAUAUUCAAUCUGUUGCCCUCAUUGCACUUGGGAUGGAGAAUGAAGCUCAAGCAGCACUUAAAGAUGGCACAACUCUGGAAUCCAAGCGAAGUGCAACUACCAAGCAAAAAUGAAAAAGUGUUGUACAUAGACAAUUUAUUGCUGAUUCUGUUCCGCCUGACAAUUUAUAAGAGGCAAACUAAUAUAAAUUUAUUGAUAUCAGAAAUGAGAAAAACCUUAUACAUCUUUUGUUUCA